AUGGCCAUGGGCACGGCAUUUCUGAUUCAAUUUGCCACAUGCUAUCUUCUCGCCGCUGUUCCGAUGCUCUACAUGGAAAUUGCGAUGGGUCAAUUCACAUCCGCUUCACCAUGGCUCGCAUUUGAGAUGAUAUCUCCAGCAAUGGCAGGAAUUCCUGCAGCUUUGGGAUUCAAUAUUAUUUUGCGAAUAGUCACCAGUUCAGUGUGGAUAACACAUGCUCUUGCAUUGUUUGGCAUCUCUUUGACAGGUGUCAUUAUGAAACUCCCUUGGGCCGAUUGUAUGGAUAUGUUUGGAUGCUACGAUGUACGAUUGGCUGAUCGGUGUACUUUUGCCUCUCCGAACGACACAUUUUGUGCUGAUUUCAUCAAAUCACUCGUGAUAGGCCGGUCGAGCUACACAAAGGACACUCCGCUAGUCAGCUACCUCCAUUCGCUUCUCAAAGAGGACCAGCCAAUGAGUUCUGAGAAUUUUAUUCCACAUCCAUUAUUAGUUGUUGUGCUACUUAUGGUGUGGUUGAUAGCGAACGUUGCUCAAAAUGGAGGCGUUUACCUUUUGGGUAACACAUCCUUCAUUGUCAUUCCUAUUGCAGUGAUCAGUUUGAUCAUGACUGUAACCACAGCUAUUGUGGUGGGUGACAUUGCUGGAUCAUUGUAUCAUUUCUAUCAGCAUCGUUUCAACAAACUUUUAGAGGUGAAAGAUUGGAUAGUUGCUGCUGGACAUGCAGUUUUCAUUCUCAACGUGUCAACCGGUGGAAUGAUCAAACUGGCGUCAUCCCGACCAUUCCAUCUUCCGAUUCUUCGUGAUGUGAUAACCAUAGCAGUUGUCACGCUACUCUUUCAUGCCGUUACCCUGUUAUCCACCACAGCAAUCAUAGAUGGCUAUGCCGCACGAGUCUACCCAUAUGAUACUCACGACGAGCGCUUCGGUUAUGUGACUGAACGUCGUUACCUGGUGAUGGCUAUUGUUGGAGAGGCACUCGUGGGAGCAACUGGUGGCUGGAUUCUGAAUGCCUUGUACUUUUUAGGAAUUGCCGUUGUACCGUUACAAAAACUCGCAACAGACCUCUGGGUAGUGGUGUCAAUGCUCCGCGAAAAGUACAACGAGGCGUUCCAGGAGCACUUAAACCGACGGCAACUUAAUAUCGCCAGUUCUCUGAUUGUUAUCUUUGGAUUUAUCGUCAACUUACCCUUCAUUAUGUCUGGUUGGUGA